AGUAUUGCGUUCGCGCGUAUCGUGACUGCGUGACAUAGCAGUAAGAGCGGUGUCGUGGGGUUUUGUUUCGUAGCAAUUUUUGUCAAUUUUAUUAAUAAAAAUGGUGUCUUUUUUUGGUGAAGUAGUAUUCCCAGUUUCGCGAGCAUUUUGGGACGAUGAAGACGAAAGUACACCAAACGAACGUACAACGAAUCAACCAGAAUUUACUGUACGAUGGUUGAAGGAAAAGCCAGCUCGAAUUAAUACUUUAAUUGUAGUCGAAGGCGAGAUGUUACUUGAUUUCACUAAGGAAUGUUUGUGUCAAAGUUCAGAAGAGGCAUGCCUUGUGGAGGAUGAAAAUAAAAAAAAAAUGUGCAUAAUUUAUCAAGUUAACGACGACGUAUAUUUGUGCAUUGUAUCUCCACGUUUUAACGUAAAAUUUUCUGGCAAGCUUGUGGAUAAGAUAUCUGAUAUCUUAUUGAGUGCAAACCGAACAAUUUGUAUAACAUGUCGUCAUGUAUCACAAUUUAAAUGCAACGAUACACCAAAUGUACCAUCCUUCCUACGAAUGUUAGUCUCGAAAAACGGAGAGAGCGUUUGCAACUUAAAAGAGACAUUAUUAGAACAACCGAACAUCGUAUACGGUGUCACCGCGGGAGUUUUGUCGUAUGCAGAAUUUAUGGAGCUACCUUCAGUUUUGUACGUUUUGUAUGCGGACCAUUUUGUUUUGGAUUCAUUGUCUGCGGAACCUCUUUUGAAAUUAUUUAUAGCAAUGAAUUGCGCGAUGCACGAUGUUACGUUCACCGGAAAAAACUUUUUUAAUAAAGGGAACCUUUACAUUUAA